AUGGCGAUGAUUUGCCCUCACUGGCCAAUCAGAACGUAUCUCCAUGGCGCUGAUUUGCCCUCACUGGCCAAUCAGAACGUACUCCAUGGCGAUGAUUUGCCCUCACUGGCCAAUCAGAACGUACUCCAUGGCGAUGAUUUGCCCUCACUGGCCAAUCAGAACGUACUCCAUGGCGAUGAUUUGCCCUCACUGGCCAAUCAGAACGUACUCCAUGGCGAUGAUUUGCCCUCACUGGCCAAUCAGAACGUACUCCAUGGCGAUGAUUUGCCCCUCUACUGGCCAAUCAGAACGUACUCCAUGGCGAUGAUUUGCCCUCACUGGCCAAUCAGAACGUACUCCAUGGCGAUGAUUUGCCCCUCACUGGCCAAUCAGAACUUGAUCCACCUGGAGAUCAAGCCGGCCAUCAGGAACCAGAUCAUCAGAGAGCUGCAGGUUCUGCAUGAGUGUAACUCCCCCUACAUUGUGGGCUUCUACGGGGCCUUCUACAGCGAUGGAGAGAUUAGCAUCUGUAUGGAACACGUGGACGGUGGUUCUCUGGAUCAGUCUCUGAAGAAAGCAGGAAAGAUACCAGAACAGAUCCUGGGGAAAGUCAGCAUCGCUGUGAUUAAAGGCCUGUCCUACCUGAGAGAGAAACACAAGAUCAUGCAUAGAGAUGUGAAGCCAUCUAACAUCCUGGUUAGCUCCCGUGGUGAGAUCAAGCUGUGUGACUUUGGAGUGAGCGGUCAGCUCAUCGACUCCAUGGCCAACUCCUUUGUGGGAACCCGGUCCUACAUGUCUCCGGAGCGUCUCCAGGGAACUCACUACUCUGUCCAGUCUGAUAUCUGGAGCAUGGCUUCUCUGGUUGAAAUGGCUGUCGGACGCUUUCCAAUCCCUCCCCACGCCCGCGAACUGGAAAUUAUCUUUGGGUUCCCGGUGGAAGGGGACGCCUGUUCUAGUGACACCACCUCUCCCAAGCCUAUACUCCCGGACAGCCUGGCAGCUGUGAGUGUCUGGGCUCUGGUCUAA